AUGGAAGAAUCCAACAAUGAGGCGAUGGCCGUUGGGUUGGAACUGUUGGAAGAACGAAGAGAAAUGGCUUUUGUGCGUAUGAUAGCGCAGAAGCAGAAGGUUGAAAGAUAUUUCAACAGAAAAACAAACUUGAGGCAUUUCAUGGUUGGGGAUUACGUCCUCCGGAAGGUCACCCUCGCAACACGGGACGCCAGCAGGCGCUCAUUAAAAUCAUCGAGUACCUUAAAGAAGAAUGCUGAGAUUACUGCCUCGGACGAAGGAUUCAAUAAUUUCAAGAAAGAACAUCUGAAUAUUUGUAUCGCUGAACUUUAUGACAUAUUAGUGUCAGCACAUUACUUGAAGAUAAAGGAUUUGGUGGAUAUUUGUGCCUGGGCUAUUUAUGACAAAAUUAAGAACAAGAGCAUUAAGGCUAUUACAGAGAUGCUUGAAAUUGAAAAUGACUUAACCCCAGUAGAGGAGGCUAAUAUAAAUAAGGAAACUUCUGGGGCCUUUGAAGGUGAUGAGAAUGAUAAUACCAUCAACUGGGGUUCUAAUAAUAUUUGGUGA